CUGGGUCCAGUCCAUCACAGGCUAGAAAGCAGCCGGCAUGGAGAGGGAAAGCGGCCGCAAGACGCGCCGCCGUCACACAUUCCACCACCACAGCACUCCAUUUCACACUCUGCCCAGCUCCAGCUGCCUCUUCCACUCCCAAAUCGUCCGAGCCCAAUGGUGGUGGUAGUCUCGCCACUCCCCCUCCUCUUCCUCCUCCUCGCCGUCCGCGCGGCCGUCGGUAGCGGCUCGGGGGCGAUCGGCGGCGGCGGCGGCGGGCAGCUGUGGUGCGUCGCGAAGAACAACGCCGAGGACGGCGCGCUGCAGUCGGCCAUCGACUGGGCCUGCGGCCCCAACGGCGGCGCCGACUGCCGCGCCAUCCAGCCGGGCGGCGCCUGCUACGAGCCGCCGGACCUCCUGGCGCGCGCCUCCUACGCCUUCAACGACUACUUCCUCCGAUCCGGCGGCGCCGCCAGCCCCGCCGCCUGCGACUUCUCCGGCGCCGCCGCGCUCAUCGGCCUCAACCCCAGUCACGGGAACUGCGUGUUUCCUUCCAGUUCAUCCCCCAAAAAUGGCAGCUUCGUAGGAAUAACAACCUACGGUCGGACAGGUGCAGAUCUAAGCAGAAGUUCUUCAUGGCAACUUAACCUCUGGUCAUUGCUUCUCUGCAUCUCUCUAUCUGUAACAAUUUUCGUUGUCCCACAUUCCUGGUGAAUUUUCUUGAACUCCUGUCUGCAUGUAUAUGAUAAACAAUUGAGCUGCAGCAAUGCAGUUUGUUUUCUAUGCGGCUGAACCAUUGCUUCAGAAGGUAGUGGAGCGUCGAGUGAGGAAAAGAAAUCCUCUCUCUGACGCUUCUCAUUCUUUUUCUUCUGAUUUAGUAAAUGAGCAUCCAGAGAGGUCCUUGCCCCCUUGUCUCGUGUACUUGAUUCAGUUUUUCUUUCGUUUUAUGUAUUUACUUCCUGCUAUCUAUAAUAUUCAUUGUUGCAUUAAUGCUUAUAUUAUGGCAUGCAUUCCCCUGCGUGAAUGCUGCAACUCCCUGAAUUAGUUUCUGUCUUACAUGUUGACACUGCAAGAACCUGUUUGUAAAUUCUAAGCAGGCAAUUUAUGCUCUAUUCCACUGAAUACUGUCCGCACAACACACCAUUCAGUGAAACAAAAUAAGGGAAAUCCUGUACACAUAUUCUGCCUUUCAUUUUGACACUGGAAGAGCUUGUGUGUAAUUCAACACACAGUUCAGAAAAAUAAACUAGUAAGAAGGAGGCUGUACAGAUAGAACUAUUUGUUACAGAUGUCAUCUAUACAGGUGAAAGAUAAGCAAGGUCCUGAACAGUCUUGUCGCCAGCUCUGGAGUGAUCGCCGACCCUGGACCGGCAGAGAGGGCAUGUCGAGUGGGAGGCUAGCCAGAGGUCGAUGCAGUCGACGUGGUAGACGUGGGUGCACGCGGGCAGCAGCUUUGCCAUGGCGCCGACCUGGAUGACACCGAGGCAGACGGCGCACUCCGUUGAGCCAGCGCCCUUGCCGCUGUGCCGGACGAGCCGGUUGUACAUGAACUGGGGAACAAGAAGGCUUGGAGCCACCGUAAGCGGCCGGUGCUCCUCCGAAUCUCCGGUGCCGAAGUGUCGUCGACGGUGCUGGGUGAGGUGCUUGUAGAGGGAGAACAGGCCGAAGGCGGCAGUGACCGACGCCACAACGGCGUAGAAGAAGAGGAGGCUGUCAGGCGACAUGGCAAAAUGCAUAGCGCCAGGAGCUGGAAAUGGCCACUGCAGUUGCGUAGGCUCAGGCUGGAGAUUGCUGGUUCGUCUGAAUAAUCGAGGCCUCAACUGACGCAUCUCUGGUGGUUAACGCAGCAGCGAGAGCGACUGUUCCACUGAUUUGCAUUCUUGAAGGGGUCAGUGGUAGGCAAUGAGGCUUUUCUUAGCAUGGGUGUACAUACACCCGUCGUCGUUCUGAAUGUUCUCGUUGAGUCGUUGUACCAUCAAUUUUGAGAUCCGAUUUUUUUUCCAUACAUUGCAGUACUAAAUUUA